AUGAUUGAGUCGUUGAGCGAGUAUUUGGUGUCCGAAGAGGCCCUCAAUUCUCGCUUAAGACGACUGACAGACAACUCAUUGACUUUGAACUCAAUUGCACUGAAAGAGGACACCGAGGGCUCACUUUUAGGACAUCCGCUCGACGUAUAUCUCCUCAUCAGACGAAUGGCUAUUGACUGGAAAGAAGUGAAGGAUUUGUUGCAAACAAAAUACCGGCGCUUAAGUGAUGUCCAAAUGGGACAAAUCGGUGGUCACUCUAACCAUACAAAUGCAUUAAAUGUGACGUUUGACUCGCAGGUAGUGUCCAGUAGUCAUGAGAUUAUCACUAAUAAGGAGCUAAAAGACGCCGCGUUUGGAGUGAUAAGUCUCGUCAAUACCUAUGAUUUGGAUAUCAAGUCAUUAGCGAAUGGAUUCAUUAGAUCUAAGACCAGUUCCGGUGCUAAAGUGACUUCAAUUGAAAAUCAAUCUAAUAUUGCUUUAAAUGCUUUCGAUUGCUAUUUGAUUGGAAAACAAACGUUUGAUAACAAGGAGUACAUGAAUGCUAAGAAAUGGUUGACAGAAGCGGUCGAUAGAUGGAUGACAUGA